GUGACGUCACGCCGGGAGGUGCGACAAACUCAGCGGACAAGUUAGAGCUGUCGGUAAAAACAGAGGAGGAGUGUCGCUGCUUUCCGGGACGGCCACAGUCCUGACGUUGUGACCGCUCUUUGACAGACCACGCCCAAUUAUUGGUGGUGGGGGUCACGUGAGAAGCUCGCAGCAGGAAGAGUUGCUGAGUUGGGACAGGCGGUGUGACACGGGACGACAAUGACGGGGAUUGGGCAGAGAUGUGUGCUGCUCCUGAUCGCGCUGGGGAUAACAGCUGUCGCUGCCGAUCCCUGUGAUUCAAAGAACUGUACUGAGUGUGAAUUGGAAAAAGGUUGUGCCUGGCUAACCUGCAACAAUAGUACCGCAGAAUGUAAGAAUGAAACUUUAUCAGUCAACUGCACACCAAAUCAAUGUGAAGGUCCCACAGGGACACCAGCUACAGUUCAAACAACAGCGGUCCCAACAGCAAAUACAACUGUUGUUCCCACAUUACCCACUACUGCUAAUGCAUCUACUAGCACACAUGCUCCGACUGAAAACAGCACUUUAGUUCCUGCAUCAACCACUUCUUUUAACAUCUCUACAACCACUGCAAUUGUGCCAACAUCUUCCCCUUCAAAAAAGAACACCUUUGAUGCCGCUAGCUUCAUUGGUGGAGUAGUCCUCGUUUUGGGUAUCCAAGCAGUUGUAUUCUUCUUGUACAAGUUCUGCAAAGCCAAAGACAGGAAUUACCAUACCCUAUAAAACCUCUCGCUUUGAACUGUUGGCCAACAUCGCUCUAACCAAAUGUUAAACUUGAAGAUUUCUCAUGGACCUGUUGAAGAAAGAGGCCUUUUUUUUAUCUCUGCAAAUUAAACGGAACCAUGUUUGUGACCUCAUCGUCAAGAAGAAAUUUACUACAGCUCUGCAAUGCUGUGAACUGCAUGCUUCAAUCACAUCGGCUUCCUAGAAUAUCUAAAACUGCUUUAUAAUUAUUAUUAUUUUUUAAAUAUUGCAUUAGAGGGUAAGAAAUAUUUCCAUGUGUAAAUCUAUGAAGUACAACAGUGACAUCUACAUUAGAGUAAACUUCUGGAGAAUGUGAUUGAACUGACAAACAAUACAGUACAUAAGCAUUAGGUGAGUGAUGAGGCAGUAUAGUCUCUAGUUGGUACCUACCAAUAUGGGUUAGUUGAAGUAUAUUUUUAUUUUCCCUUUAAAUUCUAAUAAUGUGACUUUUACCGGAAGUUGAUUAUAUAAUGGAAAUCGAUUUGAUUUCUAAAGCAAACUAUUUCUUAUAGUUUAAGUGCACCUUAUUUCUACGUGAAGGUGAAAUUUAGAAGAUUUGUGCCUUACAGACAUUCUGAAAGUAUAACCCAUUAUUUACCAUUGCUUUGAUUUUCCUAGUAAUUAUAUUUUUUAUUAACUUUUUUCCUAUUGUGAGUAUACCCAAAUUAAAUAAAUCGUCACCUCUA